ACGUCACGCGUUCGAAAUGCGUCACGCCGUGACGUUAUUUGUCUACGGUUAUGACUGUGGGGGAGUGCCGUUAAUCCAGCAGCACGAGCAAAACGGUGUCUCGUCUCCUACAUCGAGUGUCUCGGCAGCAGCAGAGUCCGGCGUUGUCUGAAGCGACGCUGGUGAUCCCAGCACCAAAAUAGCUGCCCACCCCCCACCAGAGCUGUUCACUCUGCACCCGGAUCGCGACGUGACGUCACGGGUCAGAGGUCGCCCGUCAUGGCCGCGCUCUGCGUCGCCACGGCAGCCACCGCCUACCUCGGCCUCUCGGCCGCGAUCUUCAGCGCCAUGAGCGGCUCCCAGCCCGGGCCCUACAUGGACGAGAUCUUCCACGUCCCGCAAGCGCAGAAGUACUGCAACGGUUCCUUCCUCGAGUGGGACCCGAAGAUCACGACGCCACCGGGAUUGUAUGCAUUCUCCCUGGGCCUCCUCUCCCCACUUGGCUGGAUGCUGGGGCUGCCUCCCUCAGAGCGCUGCUCUCCUACGCUCCUCCGUCUCACGAGCCUCCUCUUCAGCCUCGGAAACUUCUACACACUCUACCUGCUCACAUGCCGCCUUAACAGUGACACGAAGCUGUCAACGCCGCAGCAGCUGCUGCAGGCGCUGUCGCUGGCGCUGCUGCCAGUGCUCUACUUUUUCUCAUUCCUCUACUACACGGACGCCGGCUCCACCUUCCUGGCGCUGCUCGCGUACCUAAUGUGUGCGCACGGUCGCCAUGGUGCCGCCGCGCUCGUGUCGCUGCUCGCCCUCUGCUUCCGCCAGACCAAUGUGGUGUGGGUCGCCUUCUACGCUGGCAUCGUCGUCUGCCAGGAACUGGACAGGGCCUGGGAGGAGCAGCGCAGCAAGAAGGACGUGAGCCCGAGCGACCGGCGGGCCCCGUCCCUGUGGCAGAGCUGGCUGCAGCUGCUGCGCUUCGGGCUGCAGUGGUUGCGCUCCCCGGAGGCCAUGUGGCGCGCGCUGGCGCCAGCCUGGCCAUACGCGCUGCCGCUCGGCGCCUUCCUGGCUUUCGUGGUUGCCAACGACGGCAUUGUUCUGGGCGACCGCGCCAGCCACCAGGCCUGCCUACACUUCCCGCAGUUCUUCUACUUCCUCGUUUUCACACUGGCGUUCAGCUCACACCUGCUCCUCUCGCCUACUCGCCUUCGCGACUCCGCGCUCGCCCUCCGCCGGCAUCCAGCGGCAGCGCUCGCCCUGGGGGCGCUCGGCUGCCUGCUGGUGUGGCGCUUCACCUACGUGCACCCCUACCUCCUCGCUGACAACCGCCACUACACCUUCUACUUGUGGCGGCGUGCGCUGGGGUGGCACGCGCUGGCGCGAUUCCUGCCGGUGCCUGCCUACCUAUUCGCCGGCUGGGUGCUGAGUGAGGCUCUGCGCGCCAAGUCGCCGUUCUGGCGCGCGGGGUUCGCGGUGUGCGUGACGGCAGCAACGGUGCCGCAGCGGCUGUUGGAGUUGCGCUACUUCAUCCUGCCCUACCUGGUGCUGCGGCUCAACGCGCCCGUGCCCUCUGUGCCCCAUCUGCUCGUGGAGGCCGCGCUGCACCUGGCCGUGAACCUAGCGACCGUCCAUCUGUUCCUGCACCGAACAUUCCAGUGGCCCGACAGCGCCGACCUGCAGAGGUUCAUGUGGUGACGUGCGGCGCUGGGGACCGUGGGGGGGGUGGGAGGUUAUGAGUGACGAUCGUGGCAUUCCCAGUCAUUCUUAAGGCCAUGAUACAGUUGGGAAAAUUUGCAGGGCAAAUGUUGCCUGUAAUCAUCAGGGGCAGAGCCAGGAUUUCAGGCCGGGGUGACAUUCAACAAAUGUUAAUUUCAAGAAUGAUUAGAGAGUCAGGCUGUUGAACUAGACGCCAUCGGUUGGCGACUCACUCUGACAAUGCAGUUGCACGGAGUCCGCCAGACCGAGCGUCGUACACUUAUACGCAGAAUGUCACCCCUGGCUCCGCCCCUGGUAAUCAUGAUCAUCCAUUCCUCAAUCAUUUCAUGUUCUGUAUUUACAAAGAUGUUGGUAGCUCCAAAAUAUGAGCCAAAAACCCAACACAUUAAUCAGUAACAAAUAGGUGACGUUUUGGCCUAUGGCUCUUCAUAACACAAAUCUGAACAAUGUGAUCACUAAACUUGGCUCGGAUCGCAGAAAUAACACCACUACCCAAGGUUAUGUGGCAGUGUAGGCCAAUCAGUGUCCAUCAAACUCUGCUUUCAUUGGCUUAGACAGAACUCAAUGGUAACCACGUACCAUUUCCGAACAAAGUUGCCACAGCUGCUCGUGGUUAUGUUGCCGGCAGCGACUACUGUAAAAUACCCCUGGUGCAUUGUGGUCUUAGCAGCCACGCACGAACCCAGAGUGGGGAGACGUGACGGGAAUGUCUGCACAAUCAGCAUCCAAUUGUUUUGUACUUGAUGCGCUUGUACAUUUCGUGAAUGUAAUGGCAGCUCUUGUUUUGACAGCUGUGGGAAGGAAGUGUUUCUCACUGCUGCGGUAAUUAAUUAAUAUUUUUUCCCCGUACCACGCGUCGCUCGCAUUGUUGAAUAUUGUCGCAGUUCUGCCAAGCGCUCGGCUACAGAAUGACUUUGGCUGUAGUUACAGGACAGGUGAUGGGUGAGAGGUGGUUGCGGGUGGGCGUUCAGUGUUCUGGUUCCGUCUUCCUCACCCAGUUGGUCUGGGCUUGUUCACAAGAAGGAGUUGUGUUCUCUGUGAAGCUCCCGAGUUGGAACAACCACGAUCCUAAUGACUUCCAUCAUAAAACAAGGUUUCAGUUUUUGCGUUAAAUAUUAUAUUCAUAGGCGGUCACCGACACGCUGCGCAUUGGUAUCUGAAACCGAAUCAUGUCGAUAACAACCAUAUGAACAAACAUUUGCCACGGGAGAAGCGCCGAGCUGUUGGGUGAGAGACGUGGGCCGACAGAGUGGGGCUGCACACACAAACCCCCACCACCCCCACCCCUCGCGUGCGUCUCGUCGACAAAACGCGCGGUCACCACGCGUCCGCGCAGUUUUCACUUUGUUUUUAAUAAAGUCCACAAAA